AUGUCGUGGAAGAGGACGGACAAGCUGAUGGAGACCAUCAAGCAUUACUCCAAGUUCCCAGCAACUGGCGUAAGCUUGAGGCAGAUGGUGCAGUUCGGGGAGAAGCCCUCCACCGGAACCCUUUUCCGCGCCUCCCAAUUCCUCUCCGAAGAGCUUCCCAUCCGGUUAGCCCACCGUGUGCAAGAACUCAGUGAACUACCCGACGGGCUCAAUGAGAUGCCAUCUAUACAGAGAGUGACGGACUGGUACGCUCAGUCAUUCGAGGAAUUGACCACUCUUGAACGGCCUUCGCUUUCAAAAGAAGUUAGAGAUAGACUGCUACGCCCGGCUAAGAAAGCAGGAAAGGAUUCGAGGAUACUUAGCCAGACAACGCACAACCCAAGCGUCAAACAGGGCCAUAACGGCGAGCGGAAAGCAGGUUCGGCUCGGCGGUACUAUGUGGCUGCGGACGAUGGCCAGGGCUGGCCGCCGGAGCUGAGCCAGUAUAACAACCAGUUUCGGGAGACGCUUGAUAAGAUCAAGCGCCGGCACGAUAGUGUUGUUACCACAGUCGCACAGGGAAUUCUCGAAUGGAAGCGCAAGCGCCAGCGCAUGCAGAUCGACCACAACAUCCAAUCCUUUCUUGACCGCUUCUACAUGUCCCGCAUCGGCAUCCGGAUGCUGAUCGGCCAACACAUCGCACUGACCGACCAAAAGCAACAUUCCGACCCCAACUACGUCGGCAUAAUCUGCACAAAGACCAAUGUGCACGAUCUGGCGAAGGAAGCCAUCGAGAAUGCGCGCUUCGUCUGUGAAGACCACUAUGGACUCUUUGACGCCCCAAAAGUGCAACUGGUGUGCAACCCAGAUAUCAACUUCAUGUAUGUUCCCGGACAUCUGAGUCACAUGCUCUUCGAGACGUUGAAGAAUUCUCUGCGUGCCGUGGUGGAGACGCAUGGACAAGACAAGGAGGAGUUUCCGGUAACGAAAGUUAUUGUAGCUGAGGGUAAGGAGGAUAUUACAAUCAAAAUAACCGACGAAGGAGGAGGAAUCCCGCGUAGUGCCAUUCCACUGGUCUGGACGUACAUGUACACGACCGUAGAUCAGACGCCGAGCUUGGAUCCAGACUUCAACAAGAGCGAUUUCAAGGCGCCCAUGGCUGGGUUCGGAUACGGCUUGCCUAUUAGUAGACUCUACGCCCGAUACUUCGGCGGCGACCUAAAGCUGAUUAGCAUGGAGGGAUACGGCACCGAUGUCUACCUCCAUCUCAACCGCCUCUCCUCCUCCUCCGAGCCCCUGCAAUAG